UAGUUCGAUUUAUUUUUCUUUUACAAAAUUUUAUCUUUGGUGUCUGUUUUUCAAAUGUUUUAUAGUGCUGUAAAACGAUUCGUUUUCAAUAAUUAAUAGCACUGCGCAGUCAGCUGACGUCAUUUGCCCAUAUAAUAAUAAACAACUAGCGUUUGUUUAUGUGCAAAUUGAAUGUUUAACGAAUGGUUUUAAAAAUUAUUGUACCGCUGGCAGAGCUGUGGCCCCUUGAAACGAACGUAUACAUCUGAAACUAAAAUGCAAAGAAGCUGUAGUAGCAGUUAGCUUUAUUUCAGGAUAAAACAAUAAUAUUUUUUCCUCCAUUUCGCGACCUUCUAUACUACCAUGAACCGUUCGGAUUCUAUACCCAUACGGCGUGAUCGCUCCUUUGACAGCGUUCUCAAUCGUUUGCUGCGGAUGCGCACACAAAAUCAUGAGAGCUUUCGCGCUGCUAUGUACAAUUUUCUAAUAGCAGCAGGUGUGGCUGCUUUUGUUGCUGUCUGCAUCAUCCUGGGCCCUUUUGUACGGCCCCUACUCUGGGCCUUCCUCAUGGGCGCCGUCUUGUUUCCAUUCAAGCGCAGGCUGGCCGAAUUGCUUAACAAUUGGUUUCAGCGCUUGGAGGAGCGAGAUUCAAAUAUGCUCGUCUCAAUAUGUCUGGCGCCCCUGGAGGCCACCGAACAUUGCGGUCGGUUGCUAAUUAACUGGCUCUGCCAGCAUUGGCAGCUCCUUUCAUCCGGCUGCGGUGUCGCUGUCUGCGUUAAGCUGCUCGUUUUAUAUGCACCCAGCGGAUUCCUGAUGGCUCUCUGGCGGUGGAUAACCUUCUCGCAUAGCUUGUUUGUGACCAUCAUCGGCUUCCUCAAUGCAUAUGUGCUCAUCGUUUUGAUUGUCAUAUACCUGUCCUCCGUACACUUCUUCUGGAAGCCGGAGAACAAAGCGCACUUCGUAGUUGCCGGGCAGUCUAUGUGGAUAGCCAUUGCCAGCUAUUUGUGCAGCUUUCUGGGCGCCCUUCAGGUGCCGGCUCUGCUGCUUGUCAUGAGCUACGUCAUUGCAUCCACAGCGUAUCAUCUACAGACGACUCAUGAUCACGACUCCAGCUCCUUUUUGGAUCGCCUGCAAAAGCUGUUUGAUCGAAACGAUUUCGAGAAAUCCCUGAGUAUUUGCCGCAAAGCUGUUGGCGAGCCGACGCUGCAAUCUGAUGUAGAAGAUAUCUCAUUGAGCGAGACCGUAGACUCCGAGGAUACAUUCGGCGCGAAGCCAGCCGAGGAGACUGAGGGACAUCAAAGCGAUACCUAUUUUAAGUUGUUAUUCUAUGCCUGCCUUGGCACCUUCUUGUAUCGCAAUAUUUGGUUGUUCAUCUUGGCUGCGGUGCCGGUGUUUUUACAUCUACUGUAUACUGCCGGCAGUUAUACGGGAAUAACUCAGUUUGUGUGCAACAAGAUCAAUGACGCCUAUCACGGCGUGAGGAGCUGGGCUUUGGAUCAUCAUUCAGCUGUGCUGCCCUUAUGUCUGCCUGGCGUUUUGGAGCUUAACUACAAGAUCAAUAGCAUUGUCCGGGAUUCAUUGAAAUCAUCUGUGGAGUCUGUUACAUCCAUUCUUAUGAUCAUACUCAUGUUGCUCAUAAUCAUAUUUCUGAGUGUUUUCUUUUGCGUUAACAUCUAUUCAGAGACAAUUGAGGUCGCAUAUCUGGGCAAAGAUCUAAUUAACAAGACAAUCACCGAUCGUCCUGAGCUAAUUGAUAUUUUGCCAGCCAAUAUACAAGCGUCCAUUGAUGAUGCGCUCGAUAAUGCGCAUCAUUAUGGGCGCCGUAAGAUUGAGACCUACAUUGAUGAUUGGUUGGCCGAUGCGGACAAGGUGCAUGCCACCAAGUUGAAAGAGCAAAUCCUCGAUGUCUGGGAUAGACUCAUACAGUAUUGGAUUGAUUUCAAUAAGGCGGGCACCUCGUAUGGACCGCGCGUUCCAACCGACGCCCUAAAGAGCACCUUUGGCGAGAUUGUUGAUAAUCCAGGACAUUUUAAAGAGCUAGUUUUAGUGGCAAAACAGGGCAUCAUUGGCUGGGCGCAAAGCAACACUCAAACGAUAUUGGAGGUUGCCGAAUCCCUAUGGCAUAUCAUACGCACCAACCUCUCGAUGAUAAUGGGCGUUACGGGUGAGAUAUUGUCGCUGCUGCUGUCGGGCGGACAGGCGUGUAUUGAAUUCAUAUUGGAUAUGAUUGUCUUCUUCACUGCCUUGUUCUAUCUGCUAUCCAGCAGCCAGGAAAAAUAUGCGCCCAUGCAGAUAACCAAAUACAUGGGAUAUUCAGCUUCGGGCAUCAAGGUUGCCGAUGCAUUGGAGAAUUCCAUAACCGUUGUGCUGGUGUCCAUGUUCAAAUGCUCCACCUUUACGGGGCUGUUCACGUGGCUGGUGCAUACGGUGUUUGGUGCACGCAUAGUUUUCCUGCCCUCCGCUUUGGCUGCGCUGCUAGCGGCGGCUCCAUUUUUGGGCAGCUAUUGGUGUGCUGUGCCCGCCUUUUUGGAGCUUUGGCUGGCACAGGAUCGCUUCUAUGCGGGCCUCAUACUGUUUCUAUUACAAUUCUUUGUACCCUCGUCCUUUGAGACUGCCAUCUACGCGGAUCUUAAGGGCGGAGGUCAUCCCUACCUCAAUGGCCUGGCCAUAGCAGGCGGCAUGUACUGGAUUGGCUGGCAGGGUGCCAUAUUUGGGCCACUCAUGCUCUGCUUCUUCAUUGGCCUCUUCGAAGUAGCCACUCUAGCCAUGCGCACGAAUCAGGAGCCCAGAAUAUAAACGCAGCUCGGAUGAGGAGACGCGCACUACGUAAGUCCUGAGCUAGGCUUCCAUGGAUGGUACUCGAAAUGCAAAACUAACAAUCAACUAUGGCUAAGCUUCUGAGCCUCUCUGACUAAUCUAUUUCAUGCCAGCCACAGCAAAUUUCGCGAUUUUAGUUAUUUUCUCUUUUGCUUUUAUUUACACCUUAUUUUUGUACUAAAUUUUUAAGUAUACAAAUAUUUGAGUCCGUCUCUUAAAAGCUGUGUAUUCAAA